UAGGCUACUAUAGCUAAAUGUGACUUAGCGUUAAUACUACUGUAAGCUCUGUGGACUGCUGGUUGUAAUGUACGUUGUGCUUUUCAACUAAAGGUUCAUGUUUUUCGAUAGUUUCUGAAUGGAAGUUACUGUCCAUGACUUUGAAGUGGUCCAUUGUUGGACAAGCGUUAGAUGAUCUAUGAGAGUUCGCAACUCGCCAUGAGUCUACGCCGGUGUCUGAUACGCUGCGCUGGUGUUUGAAGGUGUACAGUAACAAUUUAUCAUGUCUUUAUUCAGCUCGGCACAAUAACAGGUGGUAGUGUCUGAAAAACGUGUCAGAGCUCUUGAUUUAGACUUGGUGUUGAAAACGAGUGGUGAAUCUGUCAGCUCUGCGUGACACAUGUAGUUUAUCCUGUCAGACCUUUUGGAUACAUGUGUAACGUCAACUCAAAAAUUACGAGUCGUCUCACUGUCGGACAAGGCACUGUCAACAGGUCAUUAACAGCCACAUCUGAGAAGCGCUUUUAUGUCUUUAUAUUCAUAACACAAACAUAUUCCUUUUUACAUUGCUCUCUGCGUGUCAGCCCACUGUCUAGCACUUGCGUUUGUCAGCCUGCUGCGUUGUUGCUAACACAGGCUAGACUUGCUAGCCUCUGACUGCAGCGUGGAGACAAGCGACCCCCUCAGGCGUGUUUGAUAAACGCCGUGGUUGGCGGUUGCGCUGUCAGUACUCGAUAGAUAGCCCAGUCGUCUGUCCGGCACCACCGUGACGGGCUGGAAUCGCGCUCUCUCGGAGGAGUGACUACUUGCGCGCUGUAGCUAACCAACCAUGAUGUAGAGACUUACGUCUAGGAGGUUGACUUUUCUGCUUGAGAACGAGGAAAAGUCGGCUGCUGCAUUAUCAGGAUAUAACCUUUUUUUUCCAUUUCGAAUUGACCGACCCAGCGUUAACGUCAAGAAACUGCAGUCAUUUUGUACUGCUGCAUCGUUCGCGUGAAACAAAUUCAGACUACUGGGAGGAAACAUUAAACUUGAAGCAGAAGAGAAUGGAAGCGGACAGAAUUCAAGAAUAGUGUCAGGAGAGAGGAAACCCUUUUUCGCAAUCGGCUAAUUCAUCGAUGAAACGUUCUAGAGGACAUUUACAUUGGAUGCAUCAGGCUUAGAUUUGCUUAUCACUUAGUGAUUUUCUGAAAAGUUACUUAUUUAAAAUGUUGGACUACAUCAAGACUACCUAAGCGCACUGUCAGUAUGGGUUUUGUGACUUUGUAGAGUGCAUGAGCUUUUAAAGCCAUUUUGGACGUUAUUCAAAUUAACUUAUUGCGGAAGAUUACAUUUAGUCUUCUGACAAUCGGGUUGACUUCACUCGCUUUGUUGAGAACGAAGAAUGGAUUUAUACAUACGGAAGUGAGCUUGGUUCGGGGAUUGGAUCUCACAGCCAAGGCUCUCCCUGGUUCUGUAGCGGUCAGGACUGGACGCUCCCGCCUGGCCGGCCCAGCCCAGCCCAGCCUCCCCGGUCUGCACUUCCUUAUAUUCAAUGAGGGCUGUCCUGGGGUACCUGCAGAAUGGAUGGUGUGGAUGUGACCGUCCUCCAGUGUCCUCUCCAGUGCCUGCCAGUCUGUGACUGUGUGCUGUUCUUUUCCAUCUAUAAAAGAACGCGCCCCAUCCAGGGCUUUGGCCCCCAGUGCUGUUUAUACAGCAGGAACUGUAGCUGUUAAUAGGCUCUCAGACCAGGGCCUCUGCAACAAGCCCACCCUUCACCCCAACGGCUGCUAUUACUCCUGAUUACUGUCCGAGUGGUUCGGAUCUAGCCCCCCUGGAGCUUCGUUGGAGGGGAGGUAACGUUUAGGGUUUGGUUGCCGUAAUUUAUUUAUAUUGCAUUCUUUUGUGCUCAACGCACACACACACACACACACGGUUUUCGAAGAUGUCGGAAAACGGCAACAAUAAAGAGCCGACGUUCCUGGCUCCGGCGCCUCCCAAGCCGGUGAACGGGUCUGGGUCGGACUCGCGGGUCGGGGAGAAGCUGGGCUCCGGCCCGGAGGUCCGUCGGCGCCGCCACACGAUGGAGCGCGACCUGAAGACUGAGCAGCACCGCUUCUUCCGCCGCAGCGUGAUCUGCGACUCCAACGCCACCGCCCUGGACCUGCCCAGCAAGGCCUGCAUCCUGGCCUCCCCGCCCGACGGCGAGGUGCCCCCCCUGCCCUGCGAGCCAUCCCCCGCCCCCCCCGAGCCCCGCGUGGCCGAGCAGCAGCUGGUGGAGGAGCGGGCGGAGGAGCUGGACGACGCGGCGGCGGCGGCAGCGGGCGGCGAGAAGAGGAGCAGCGGGGAUCUGGACGUGCGUCUGGACUCCCAGAGUGCCUUGGGGCAGCAGGAUGCCGCCGGCGUGCGUCAGAGCGACGCGAAGGACGUGACGAGCGAGGCGGACGAGCCCGCGGUGGCAGCGGCCCAGGACGUGGAGCCGGACAGCGGAGCUAGUGAGAAGAGGAGUGAGGAAGAGGAGCGCGGUGUGGCCAAGGCUCGGGCGGAGGCCGAGCAGAGAGAGGCGGAGAAGAAGCAGCAGGACGACAACGAGGAGGUGGAGACCAAAGCGGUCGGCACGUCGCCUGACGGACGCUUCCUCAAGUUCGACAUCGAGAUCGGCCGCGGCUCGUUCAAGACCGUCUACAAGGGUCUGGACACGGAGACCACGGUGGAGGUGGCCUGGUGUGAGCUACAGGACCGUAAGCUGUCUAAGUCUGAGCGGCAGCGCUUCAAGGAGGAGGCGGGUAUGCUGAAGGGGCUUCAACACCCCAACAUCGUGCGCUUCUACGACUCCUGGGAGUCGCCCUCGAAGGGGCGCAAGUGCAUCGUGCUCGUCACCGAACUCAUGACCUCGGGAACACUCAAGACGUACCUGAAGCGCUUUAAGGUGAUGAAGAUCAAGGUGUUGCGCAGCUGGUGUCGUCAGAUCCUGAAGGGGCUCCACUUCCUGCACACGCGGCUGCCGCCCAUCAUCCACCGCGACCUCAAGUGUGACAACAUCUUCAUCACCGGCCCCACCGGCUCCGUCAAGAUCGGGGACCUCGGCCUCGCCACGCUCAAGAGGUCCUCCUUCGCCAAGAGUGUCAUCGGUACCCCUGAGUUCAUGGCCCCUGAGAUGUACGAGGAGAAGUACGACGAGUCUGUGGACGUCUACGCCUUCGGGAUGUGCAUGUUGGAGAUGGCCACCUCCGAGUACCCGUACAGCGAGUGUCAGAACCCCGCCCAGAUCUACCGCCGCGUCACUACUGGAGUGAAGCCUUGUAGUUUUGAUAAAGUCGCCAUUCCUGAAGUCAAAGAGAUCAUCGAGGGAUGCAUACGGCAGAAUAAGGAUGAGAGGUACUCGGUGAACAUCCUGCUGAACCAUGCCUUCUUCCAGGAGGAGACGGGGGUGCGGGUGGAGCUGGCGGAGGAGGACGACGGAGAGAUGAUCGCCAUCAAGCUGUGGCUGCGCAUCGAAGACGUGCGCAAACUCAAGGGCAAGUACAAGGACAACGAGGCCAUCGAGUUCUCCUUCGACCUCAACAAGGACGUGCCCGAGGAUGUGGCCCAGGAGAUGGUGGAUUCCGGCUAUGUGUGGGAGGGUGACCAUAAGACGAUGGCCAAGGCCAUCAAGGACCGCGUGUCUCUGAUCCUGCGCAAGCGCGCCCAGCGUCAGCAGGUACGGGAGGAGCAGGAGAAGAGGAGGCAGGAGGAAGAGGCCCAGAAGACGGCGCUCCAGAACCAGAACCAGACUGCAGUCCAGGCUCAGGCUCAGGGUCAGACGGAACCGGAAGAACCAGAGGCGGACCACCAGCAACAACAGCAGCAACAGCCAACAGCAACAACAACAACAGCAGCAGCAACAGCAACAACAACAGCAACAACAGCAGCAGCAGCAACAACAACAACAACAGCAACAGCAACAACAGCAGCAGCAGCAGCAACAACUGCAGUACCAGCAGGCCGGCAUCUCCAUGACCUGUGCGCCAUGUCCUACAGCUCUGCUCCCGCCCCCCAGCAGCCCGCCGGCCAAUCCCAAGGCUCGUACCUGCCCCCCGCUGCUCCUCACAGCCAAUCCCAGCUGCCGCAGCAGCAGCAGCAGCAGCACCCUGCCUACGCGCAGCAGCCAAUGCCUCUUCCUCCAGCUAUUCGCCGUGGCCGUAGCAUGUCCGUGUGUGUGCCCACCCACUAUGCCCCCCCCAUCCUGUCCUGCCCCCCCUGGGCGCCCUCCUCCUCCACCCCCCCGCCCCUGCUGUCUCCCCCCCUCCUGGCCCCGGCGGACGGCGGAGGCGGAGGCGGAGGCGACGGCCCGGAGACUUUUGCGGGUCGGCUGUCCAAAGCGCUGGAGUGUCUGCUGCCCCUGCAGACUGCCGGCCCCCCCCGCACGCGCCCCCGACGUGGCAGCCUCCCGGCCCUGUUUGCCAGCCCCCCGCAGUCUGUGAGUCACGCGUUUGCCAGCGUUGGAGCCACGCCCCCCCCUCCUCCUCCAACCGCGGAUCCGCCCCCGCAGCUCUUUUACCCCCCUCCCCACCCGGAGCGCCCCGUCUCCUUCUCGCCCCCGCCAUGCGGCCCGCCGCCGCUACCCAAGGGCCUGUCCCAGCGGCGCAAGAGCACGUCCAUCCUGGAGGCGCACACGCGCCACUUUCAGCCCGCCUACCGCAGCUACGGCAGCAGCCUGCACCCCUUCACCGCGGCCGGGGGCGAGGGGGGGCUGGACCAGGCGCCCCACUUCCUGCCGCCGCUGCACCAGGAGGAGGCGGUGCGGAGGCUCAGCCUGAACCAGGCGGCCCUUCUGGACCACUUUGAGGCGCUGGCGUACGGCGGCUACGCGCUGCCACACGGCCACCCUCUCAGCCAGCUCAGCUUCCACCAGCAGAUGCAGGCGGUGGCGGCCGCAGGCCUGGGGUACGAGCAGCCCCCCCCCUCCGCCUACCUGGGGUACGAGCAGCCCCCCCCCUCCGCCUACCUGGGGUACGAGCAGCCCCCCUCCUCCGCCUACCUGGGGUACGAGCAGCCCCCCUACCUGCACCCCCACCCCCACAUGCAGAGCCACAUGCGCCCGACACACAGCCCCAUCCAGCAGAUGGCCCCGCCUCAGUCCACAGCUCCGCCCACAGCCCCUCAAGAGGCCUAUCAGCCGCACUCCUUCUCCCACUCGGCCCCGCCCACCGGGGAGUUUGACUUCUACCCCCCGGACCCGGCGCUGCUGCCUGGACGAGGCGGCGGCAUCGGCGGCAUCGGCGGGGCGGGGGCGGGGGGGGUGAUGUGCGGGCGCCUGCAGCCCGUCACCGAGGAGCUGUACAGCUACAUGAGCCCGGAGAUGCCCCUGCCGCCCGGCAACCUGCUGCUGCACGCCCCCAAGGAGUGGACCCCCCCGGACCCCGACCCGUCCGACGCCGACGCCGACGCCUUCCUCUCGCCCCCCUCGAUGAUGCCGCCGCUCCUCCACCGGCCCUCGAUGGACGCCUCCGCGGCUCAGGCCAUCCCGCACCCCUCCUCCUCCUCCUCCUCCCCCCUGAUGGAGGGACACCCCCCCAGCCAGCCCGCCUUCCUGCUGCUGGCGCCGUCGGACCCCCCCGGCUCGGCCCCCGCCCCAGGAUCGGGGGGCCCCCACGCGCCCCUGGCCAGCCUGCUCCACUGCAGCUGGGCGCGGCAGUGCGACCUCAUGUACCAGGAGCACGCCCACGCCCCCGCCCCCCCCCAGGGCUCCUCUCUGGUCUCGGCUCCUCAGUCGUCCUCUGCUCUCCCAGUGGCCCCCGGCUCCCAGCCAGCUCCAGCAGUGGGCCAGCAGUACGGAGGUUACUACAUCCAAGCCUUCCCCUCGCAGGUGCCCGCCACCCAACCUGCCGGCUCUGUGCCCAUCCAGCAACAGGCCAGCAAUGCAGCCCAGAGCAUCCAACACACACCUGCAGUACUGCCCUCACAGACCUUCACCGGUGCCCAGGCUCCGCCCACGGUGGCACACGUCGGCAUGACGCCCGGUCCCAUGACGACGCCUAUGGCGGCGGUGGUGGCGACGCCAAAACCAGUUCCAGUGGUGACCCCAGUGACGGCAGCAGCAGUGCCUUCUGGGAGCGCUGCCCCACUCAUGGCCACACCCACCGCUUCUCUGCCGCCCCAAAAGAAGCCUCCAGCUCCGACACCUGCUCCAGACCCCCCACCCCAGACUACCCAGAAUGCACGUCAGCCAACAUCAGCAGAGCGGGCGCAACUCCAGCCACCUCUAGUGGGCUCCUCUAUAGAGAGUGGUCAUUCUGACGUGGCGUCAGGCUUCAGUGAUGGUAACGAGGGUGCCAUGGCAACGGGCGGUCGUCACGAAGGCCGCUCUGUGAAGCGGGACAAGAGGAGGUCCGUCAGGAGUCACUCUCGACACGACAAGCUGGGCAAGGCCAAGCUCAACGUCCUCAACAUCUCCAACAUGGGCGACCGUGUAGCUGAGUGCCAGCUGGAGACUCACAACAGAAAGAUGGUGACCUUCAAGUUUGACCUUGACGGAGAUAACCCAGAGGAGAUCGCCCAGAUCAUGGUGGAGAGUGAGUUCAUUCUGGAGAGUGAGCGUGAGUCGUUCAUUGAGCAGGUGCGUGAUGUCAUCGAGACUGCUGACGAGCGAGGUCUGGAGAGAGAGGGCAGCCAGCUCCCUUCUGACCAGCAAGCGCCUGAUACAACUACACCCCCAACAGGUGUGCCGUCUAGUCUGGGCAUGCAGGUGGUUCACUCGGCCGGCCGCAGGUUCAUCGUGAGCCCCGUGCCCGAGUCUCGUCUCAGGGAGCAGUUCUUCAGCCCCACCAGCCCCCCCCUCUCAGAGGACCAGGCUGCCCCCGCCGCAGCUCCGGCUGCCGCUCCAGGUUUUGGUUUGUCCCAGUCUGCGUCUGCCGUGAGCCUCCAGCAGGCCUUCGCUGAGCUGCGUCAGGGGCAACAGCAGUACGACCCCGGCCCCAGCACCGCCCCCCCGACCCUCCACCCCGCCUCAGAACCCCCCGCCCUGCUCCCUCUCCCCCCCUCCACCUCCCCCGCCCCCCUCCCCUCCAUCUCCAUCUCUCCAUCCGUCUCCUCCUCCUUCUCCUCUCCCCCUCCUCCCUCUGCUCAAUCUGCCCCUCAGAUGCCCCCUGGCACCCAGCCUGCCAUCUCCACUGCUGCCCCUACUGGCCCUCCCCUCCCCUGCAGCGCCGCCAGCCUGCCCGCUGCCACUCUGCCCGCCGCUGCCACUCUGCCCGCCGCCCCUCUGCCCGCUGCCGCUCUGGCCACUGCCACUGUUGCCCCCAUCACCAGUCCUGCCCCCUCUGAUGUGGCUCUUGCCCCCUCCGCUGUGCCGGCGGAUGUUGCCCCCCCCCCCGCCGUGGGCGAUCCUACCGCUGCCAUCCAGGCGCCACCCCAGCUGAGCCCCCCGAGUGCGGCCCCUGCCACCCUGGGCACGCAGACGCAGACGCAGACGCAGACGCCCGCUCUGCAGCCGGUGAGUGGCGGCACCCCCCCGGUGCAGCCCGCGCCCACGCACACACACACACACCCGGCGGCGCCCGGCAGCGGUGGCACCCCUGGCCAGGCGCACGCGUUCUGCGCGGAGUGUGAGCUGCUGGCGGAGGCCCAGGCCAAGGCGCCGGGCGUGGAGGACAUCCACGCGCUGGACAAGAAGCUGCGCUCCCUCUUCAUGGACCUCAGCUCCUCUUCCUCCUCCGCCGCGCCCGACGCCACCGACCCCCCCAGCGCCACCCCCGGCACCUCCUCCCCCCCCGCGGGCUCCAUCGCCGGGGCAGCCGCCACCCCGCUGCCCCCCUCCAGCCUGCCCUUGGCACAGGGGCAACAGGCAGGUACCCCCCUCACUACGCCCGCGCCCACGCCCACGUCUGCAGGGUAUGGCCAGACCACGCCCUCCAAAACACCCUUAUCCAGAGUACCGGGCGUGCCCGUGGGCAUGGACCAGGCUGGCACUCCGCCCACGGAGUAUCUGUCGCCCUUCCCUGGACCAUCUCUGGCUCAGUCCCAGCAGCCUCUUGAGGACCUCGAUGCCCAGCUUAGGCGAGCCCUGAGCCCAGAGACCGUUCCCAUCAGCGGUGGCCCUCCCCAGGCUGCGACCGGGGUGCCAGGACAGCCAGUGCCCUUCUCUCUGGAGGGAGAGGUGACCGCAGCACCCGCAGCCUUCACACUGGGCAGAUUCCAGGUUUCCGUGGCAGCAGUGGAGGGCAUGUGCCAAGCUCCGCCCAGCUCCGGAGACUCCUCCUCCACAACCUCUUCGUCCUGCUCCUCCUCCUCCUCCUCCUCUUCCUCCACCUCCUCCCUGUCCAGCCCCGAGAACACCGUGCACAAGUCUUCCUCCUCGGGGGCGGCGCUGCUGCGCCCCCUCCUGCGGGCGGACGCUGUGGACGGGCUGCCCCCCCUGCCCCCCCUCCCGGCGCCCCCCCCACCACCAUCGGCCGUUUAGGUGACCACCUCCGGCGACACGCGGGUGGGCCGCUUCUCCGUCAGCCGCAGCCAGGACCAGGCCCUCGCGGCCUCACUGGCCUCCGACCACACCCAGGAGCCGCCGUCGCUAGGCAACGGGCCGCCGGCUCUGAGUCCUGAGGGGCGGGGCCUAAACAACUCCUUCAACCCGUACCUGAGCAGCGACAACGACUCGGAGGCGGAGGGCGACGACUUCAAGAGAGAGAUGACCGACCUGCGCGACAAGCACCUGAAGGAGAUCCAGGCGCUGCACGUGCGUCAGAAGGAGGAGAUCGACUCCCUCUUCGCCCGGCUGGGGAAGGUGGCCCCCGCGGCUCUCCACCCCCCCCUGGUGGCCCCCCCAGGACGGCGCAGGAGGCCCUCCAAGAGCAAGAACAGCAAGUCUAGCAGGAGCAGCCAGCAGUCAGGCAGUACCCUGUCUGCCCAGAGUGCCCCGGUGGAGUUUCUUGCCCCCUCUGGGGCAUCUGACGUGGGCAUCAGCCCCCUCAAGCCGUCCCAGUCCAGCGACAACCUCUGCUCCCCGUACACCAGCGACGCCACCCUGAGUGUGCCCAGUCUGUGUGCGCCAACGCAAGGGACCAGCAGCACCACGGGAGUGAGCAGCCCUCCUCAGACGGGGCAGAGCAGCGUUCCACCAGCGGGGGCGCUCACAAACCCCCAGAGCCGCAAGGGCACCUUCACCGACGACCUGCACAAGCUGGUGGACAACUGGGCGCGCGACGCCAUCAGCCUCUCGCAGGGCAAGAAGGGCCCCAAGGGCCAAGGGCCCUCCGCCUCCCAGGGCCACAGCUACGAGGUGAUCCCUCCUGCCAACAUGGGCCGUAAGUUCUCUGCUCCGGGCCACCUGUGCUCCAGCCUGGCGUCAUCCCUGGGGGGUCACGCUGCCGCCCUGGCCCCCCCCGCCCCCCCCAGUGCUACCUCUCUGGGUGCUCGGAAGGGCUCGCUGUGCAGCGCAGUGCCCCCCCCGUACGGGUACCCCCCCCCCACGGCGUACUCCGGCCCCUGGCCCACCCCCCCCUCGCACCCCAUCGCACCCCUGCUGGCCCCCGGCCCCCCCCAGCUCACCCAGUUCCAGGCGGUGCCCCCCCCCAACUCCGCCAUGCAGGGGUUCCACAUCGGCACUUUGCAGAAGCCCGUGCCCAACCCGGCGGGGCCCAACCUGAGGACCACGUAGGCCACGGCCACCACAGGGGGGCGCCAGAGGAGGGAGGGACGGACGGACUGCCCACUUUAUGUUUUUGUUUCUGAAGAUGGAAGACUGUGAAGAGUGUGUGUGUGUGUGUGAGAGACAGAGAGAGAGUGUGAGGGUGUGUGUGUGUGUUCCAAUUCAAAACCCCGGAUUAUUGCCUCCCCCCCUGUCGCCGUGGUUACGGGGUGACUGCGGUUCGCUGAGCGGAGAGACUAACGGACACACAAGUGCAAUGUUCCGCGGCCAAAGAGAGGACGGGAUUGGUGGAUUCCAUCAGAAUGAUCGGAAAAGGCUGUGAUUGGUCGAUUCCAUUGUUUGGAACCCCCCCCCCCCACCCUCAGAGAAGCAGCAGUGAAGAUUGUUUGGGGUUGGGCGGGGGGCCGGGGGGGUUAAAGGUUAAAGGUUGGUGGGUAGUUUUAUUCUGUGAAUGUUGUUGUUUGAAGUGUGGUGGGAUGCAGCUAGCUGACCUAAGAGGAUCGUUCUUCACCCUGCUCCCUCAACACACACACACACACACACACACACACACACACACACACACACACACACACACACACACACACACACACAGGCAUGCUGUAGCUGAGGAGUGUGUGUGUGUGUGUGUGUGUGAGCCCCAUCCUUGCCUUGGUUGCGCCAUGAUGCAAUAAUAGAGUGAAUACUAACACAGACCCCGCCCCCUCAAGCAAACCCACACAGUGACCCUGACUGGGGUAGGGUUCCUGAACUCUGACCUCUGACUGGGGUAGGGUUCCUGACCUCUGACCUCUGACUGGGGUAGGGUUCCUGAACUCUGACCUUU